AUGGCUAGUGAACAUAUGUUGGGCGCUGAAGAUGAUGAUGUUCAGUUUAUGCGAACGGAAGAUCAUCUAUGUUUAAGUUGUGUGCCUGUAUCAGGCGUAAAACGAAUGGCUUUAUCGGGUGAAGUAUUUGGAAAUCGAAUGUGUUAUCUUGAAGAUAUAUCAAAUGAGGUUUGUUGUCCUGAUUUGGCGUCAUGUAUAUUUGUACUCGAACAAGCUGUAUCAGUUCGAGCUUUGCAAGAAAUGGUCAAUACAACCUCAACCGAACAAUCAUCUGCAAGUCAAGGAGGUCAAACAACAUUUCGAACAUUAUUAUACGGUCAUGCUGUUCUUCUUCGACAUUAUCAUAGUCAAAUGUACUUGAGUUGUCUAUCGACAAGUACAUCAAAUGACAAGCUCGCUUUUGAUGUAGGCUUAAAAGAAGAUGCACAAGGCGAAUCUUGUUGGUGGACUAUUCAUCCAGCAUCAAAACAAAGAAGUGAAGGCGAAAAAGUGCGCUUCAAUGAUGAUGUUAUUUUGGUUUCAGUUUUCUCUGAACGAUAUCUUCAUGCAUAUAUGUCAAUAAAUGAACGUGGACGAGUUAAUGCAUCAUUUCGUCAACAAGUAUGGAGUCUUGUACCUAUAUCAAGUGGUGUAGCACGUGUUAAAAAUCCUGGUUUUGUACUUGGUGGAGAUGUUAUACGAUUAAUGCAUGGAAAUAUGGAUCAUUGUAUUACAACACCACCACCAGAUUCUCAAGUUAUUGAUGAUUCUGGAAGUUUAUUCAUUAAAAGUGGUGCUGCUUGUCAUCAAGCUCGAUCCUUAUGGCGUAUUGAAUGUUUUAAAAUUAAAUGGUAUAGUGGUUUUGUUGGUUGGAGUUCAUUAGUUCGCCUUCGACAUGUUACCUCAGGUCUUUAUUUAGCUGUUAUUGGUGAUGACCAUGGUCCGAAAGUAACAUGUAUAUCGAAGAAGAAUGCCAGUGCGAUUGCCGUAACAUUCGAAAUGAAAAUGUCGAAAGAAAAACAAACUGAAGAAAUAGCCGAACAAGAAAAUUUAGGUGUACCGACAGUAAAAUAUGGUGAUACAAUUGUUUUUAUACGUCAUGUUGAUUCCGAUCUUUGGAUUAGUUAUGAAACACUAGAAUUAACAAUAAAAGGCAUUGGAAAAGUUGAAGAAAAACGGAUCAUCCCAGCUGUUGAAGGUCAUAUGGAUGAUUGUUUUCGUCUUGUGCGAGCACAAGAGCAAGAACAAAAGACUGCUUUAGUUAUUCGAAUAUGUAACGCUAUUCUUGGAAGAUUUAAUCGAACUGAUCCAAUGUCAAUAGAUGCCGAAGCCGUGAAUCAUUUUUUAAGUAAAAGUGAUGUUGUACAAGCAUUAUUACAAGAUUUAAUUGGUUUUUUUUCUCAACCAUCACAAUCACUUGAUCAUGAGGAAAGACAAAUACGUCUUAAAGCAUUACGAAAUCGACAAGAUUUGUUCCAAGAAGAAGGAAUGAUUCGAAUAUUAAUAGCAGCAAUAAAUUUUUUUAGUGAACGUAGAGAUAAAACAUUAUUAUUAGAAGGCGUAGAAGAAAAAAUAGAAGAUAUAACGAAUAAACUUUAUGUUGUUUUGGCUGCAUUAAUUAAAGGUAAUCGAGCUAAUUGUUCAAAUUUUGCACAAAGUGCUAGACUUAAUUGGCUUGUUAAUCGUUUACAAUCCCAACAAGCAUCAAGUGGAGUAUUAGAAGUUCUUCAUAGUGUACUUAUUGAUAGUCCUGAAGUAUUAAAUAUGAUUACAGAAUCUCAUAUACUUGCUAUUAUUGGAUUACUCGAUCGAAAUGGUCGUGAUCCAAAAGUACUUGAUGUACUUUGUUCAUUGUGUGUUAAUAAUGGUGUAGCUGUUCGUGCUAAUCAAAAUCUUAUUUGUGAAAAUAUUUUACAAAGACGAGAUCUUCUAUUACAAACUGCAUUAGUUGAUCAUGUUGCAUGGUAA